AGUGACGAUACCCAUGUUACCCAAUUCCAUAUUCAACUCCAUCUACAUAUAUAUAAGCAUCAUCCUCUUCUCUGCUCACUUCUAUCAAGACCAAAGACCUGUGGUAACUUUUUUGGCCAUGAAGAGGCACUCGAGUUGGCACAUCACGCUCUUAGUCGGAAGCGUGAUAUUGCUUCUUGGUCCUGUCGCAGCUGUGGCUCGAUAUGAAUCUGCAGUUGGUGAUCCUGGAAUGAGAAGAGAUGGUCUCAGAGUCGCCUUCGAAGCUUGGAAUUUCUGCAAUGAAGUUGGCAUUGAAGCUCCUGGUAUGGGGAGUCCAAGAGCAGCUGAUUGUUUUGACAUCUCAGGCAGACACAGACACAGGAGAAGUGCAAGAUUCCACAAAAAUGCAGAUGUUACUCUGAGACACAAGGUCACAGAGGUUGAUAACAGACUAGGAAUCGGCAGUUCUUUCCCUGGUAUAAGCACAGACGUCCUAAAAAAUGCAGACCUCUAUGCUGCACAAAAGGAGCUUUAUUUGGGUUCUCUCUGCGAAGUCCAAGACACCCCGAAACCGUGGCAAUUUUGGAUGAUCAUGUUAAAAAAUGGCAACUACGACACAAACUCUGGCUUAUGUCCUGAAAAUGGGAAAAAAGCGGCUCCUUUUAGUCCAAACAAAUUUCCGUGCUUUGGAAUCGGGUGUAUGAACCAACCCAUUCUGAAUCAUCAGCAGACUCGGAUUCUAGGAAACGGUACGAUGAGAGGAGGUUUCAAUGGAACUUACGAACUGGGUGCGGACGUCACAGAUGGUAUAGAUAGUAUCUCUUUCUAUGAAGUGGUUUGGGAGAAGAAGAUCGGUGCAGGGAGUUGGGUAUUCCAUCACAAGCUCAAGACUUCAAAGAAGUAUCCAUGGCUGAUGCUGUAUCUCAGAGCUGAUGCAACCAAAGGUUUCUCUGGUGGGUAUCACUAUGACACCAGAGGGAUGCUCAAAACUCUUCCAGAGUCACCAAAUUUCAAGGUUAGAUUGACAUUGGACAUCAAAAGUGGUGGAGGCCCCAAGAGCCAGUUCUACCUCAUAGACAUGGGCAGCUGCUGGAAGAACAACGGCAAACCGUGCGACGGGGACGUGCUCACCGACGUCACGAGGUAUAGUGAGAUGAUCAUCAACCCGGAGACUCCGUCCUGGUGCAGCCCCACGAGUUUAGCCAAUUGCCCGCCGUACCACAUCACGCUAGAUAACAAAAAGAUUCACAGGAAUGACACCAAUAAUUUUCCCUACUCGGCUUAUCACUAUUACUGUGCACCCGGGAAUGCUAAGUUUUUGGAGAGUCCCACGAGCACGUGUGAUCCUUAUAGCAAUCCCCAGGCACAAGAGCUUGUUCAGUUGCUGCCUCACCCUGCGUGGGCUGAAUACGGGUAUCCAACCAAACAAGGCGAUGGUUGGAUCGGUGAUGGAAGAACUUGGGAGCUCGAUGUCGGUGGCCUAUCGAGCCGACUCUACUUCUAUCAGGAUCCAGAUACUAUUCGUGCCAGAAGAAUUUGGACAUCACUUGACGUCGGCACAGAGAUUUUCAUCACUAACAAGGACGAAAUGGCAGAGUGGACUCUCAGCGAUUUCGAUGUUCUUCUCAUGUCUACUUAAUUCAUAGUUCCUAUCGAGAAUUGGGGUACAUAUAUGUCUUAUAUUGCUCCGAGCUUUAUCAUUAUUUUAGAUGCUUGCAGCAGAAUGAAAGACCAAGUGUACAAAGGAAAAGCCUUAGCUGCAUACAUCAAGAUAUGGAAUUUCCACACUUGGAAGCUUGCAAGGCAGGCUUCCUCAACAAGGUUAAUAAGGGUCAUGCCCAAGCAGAUGCCAGGAAGUAGCCACUUUGUCGAUCUGUUUUUGGAGAAGAAUCAAGAAAACAUCAUUUCUA